UCCUAAAAAGCGCGCUUUGUGCUUUUGCCCUGAAGCAUGCCAGCACGGGCACCGAGCGUUUGAUGGUUUUAAGCUACCUUUAAGACGUUACGCACCGGGCAACUUUUCCAUACACUUUACCAUAUUGUAUCUCGAAAGUAUCCGCCUAAAAAACAACAAAGAGAUAUCGCAACUAUUAGUCGCUUCAUCCUUAGGGAUUACCAUGGCAACAAUAUGCGCGGGGAAAGAAUGCGCUGGCGGGGAGCGCGCGAGCUCAUUGGGGGGCAUUGAGGGGAGAUUGGGGUCGCUGAUUGGCUCAAAGGAAGCACCAUAACUACACGAAGUUUAUAUUCAUUCAGCUUGUUCAAGUGGUUAAACUACUGCAGUGAGAGGGCAGCCAAGCUGGACAGCGUUUCUGCACAAAAACAUGGCAUUUGUGGAAACGUAAUGGCUUAAAAGACAAGCUUUGGCUAAAAAUGGCAAGCUCUGACAGCGAAGUGAAAACCUUACUUAACUUUGUGAAUUUGGCUUCAAGCGACAUCAAGGCGGCCCUGGACAAAUCAGCCCCCUGUAGACGCUCCGUGGACCACAGGAAGUACCUUCAGAAGCAGCUAAAGCGUUUCUCGCAGAAGUGCCCGCGGACGCCUCGGUGCCACACACACACAAUUAGCGAGUCCGGUGCUGCUAAACUGACUGAGGACAAGCGUGUUAUGUUUACGCAUGAACGUCCUAAAGAUCUUUUGAACGAAAAACAAGCUACACAUAGACGUGGAGAAGAUAACUUGGAUGGAAACCCGAACAGUGAGAACCGGAGCGCACCGGGUCACAUCCCCAUGCGCAAACGCCAGCUCCCGGCUUCGUUCUGGGAAGAACCGCGUUCCUCUCACAUCAGUUUUGAGUACGCGUGGAAAAGCCACUCGAGCGGGAAUAUAGGGUACGGGUCUUCGGAGACCGAUGGAGAGAAAGUGACAACGAUUGAAGAUGAACUGAAAGCUAACUCGUGGCUACGCGUUCGGCGGGGAUCUUCUGACCUUGAGCCUCUUAAGGUGGACCUAACUUCCACUAACGUGGCCGUGUGUGCGUACUGUCCGCUUCAGUGCCACGGACACCGGCUCAUCCACAGCCACCUUAUAACGCCUCAUAGUGCAUUUACCGACCCGGGGCUGAGGGCUAAAACACCCAAUACUGAACUGGACAUGCAAAAAAUUAAAGAUGGACUGAAAUACCAUUCGACCCACGUUGUGGUUAAACCAAUUCCAACCAAACCGGUUUCUUCCUCUAUUUUCAGCGUAUUCGGUUUUAUUUAGGCGCCUGUAGAAAUGCCUGAACAUUACUAUGUUUAGUACAAAUUAUGACUAAAAACUGUAAAUAUCUGGUCAUUUAAAAAGUUCAUUCUGUAUACUUUGUCUUUAAUAUGUAAAUAUUGACGGUGAUUAGAAGUCAUUAGGCUUGCCAAUGUCUUGCCAAUAAAGCACUUAAAGGCCCAAUAAACAUGUAGCAUGCUCGGACAAAAAGCUAUCAUCUCAUGUUACUAAGGCUAGAUAUAGUCUAGUGUUUACCAAGGCUUCAUUAACAAUAGCCUAUUAACCUCUUUGAAAUAGUGAGUUGGAUAAAUGGGAUGAAAUACUGGGUUAUGUAUUAUGGGUUUAUAAACGUUAAUGUAUUUUCUUAAUAGGGAAUG